UGUGAUCUGCCACUUAUGCCCAUGAUUAGUCCAAGGAACAAAGAAGGCACAUGCCCAGUGUGUACAUGCAUGAUCCUCGUCAACGAUCCCCGUUGAUGUGAUGCACAUAAACAGAAUUCCAAUCAGCUCGCCGGCUGUUGCUUAUAAGUUCCAGAGAACACACGCAAGGCUUUCAGUAUGCAGCAGAGUUGAAGUUAGAUCAGAUAAGCACCCACUUCAGCAGAGUUAGUUUCGGUGACAUGGAGAAGGUCGCGAUCCUGGCAUUGUUUCUGGGCUUGUGCGUGUCACAGCUCGGGGGUUCAGUGGCUCAGCAGUACUGGACGCCCGCCAAUGCGACCUUCUAUGGCGGGGGCGACGCGUCCGGCACAAUGAAUGGGGCGUGCGGGUACGACAACCUGUACAACGACGGGUACGGGACAAACUCCACGGCGUUGAGCACGACGCUGUGGGGCGACGGCAAGUCCUGCGGCGCGUGCUACGCGAUCACCUGCGAUGCCUCACGCACGAAAGACUGCAAGCCAGGGACGUCCAUCACCGUCACGGCCACCAACUUCUGCCCGCCGGACAACAGCAAGCCCAGCGACGCCGGCGGGUGGUGCAACUCGCCGCGGCAGCACUUCGACAUGUCGGAGCCCGCGUGGGAGUCCAUCGCGCAGUACAGGGCCGGCAUCGUCCCCGUCAACUACGCCAGGACGACGUGCAGGAGGACCGGGGGCAUCCGCUUCACCAUCACCGGACACGACUACUUCGAUAACGUUCUCGUCACCAACGUUGGCGGAAGCGGCGCCGUGUCGGCGGUGUCGGUGAAGGAUUCCACCACCGACUGGACAACCAUGAGCCGCAACUGGGGUGCUAACUGGCAGAACGGCGCCUACCUCACCGGCCAGAGUCUGUCCUUCAAGGUGCAGACGGACGAUGGGAAGUCCAUCGAAGCGGACAACGUGGUGCCGGCAUACUGGAAGUACGGCGACACCUAUGAGUCCUAUAACAACUUCUACUAGCAUCGAGCAUUGCCAUUAAUCUCAGAUUGCCAGGGCGAAUUGGCUGACCUGAUCCAUUCAAACUGAUAGGUUAGCCACGCAAGAAAUUAAGGCCGAGAUAAGUUAUGGAAAGUCACCUAAUGUACCUAUUUCAACUUGUAGGAGAACUGCAAUUCAAG